CGCGUCAAAGAUCGCAGCUUUGACUUAUUAGCAGAUAUGAAGACCUCAGAGAAACUACGUAUUUUGGGUCUCGAAUACCCCGAUGCCAACAAAGAAGUGCUCCGAGAGCUUUUAGUCGCGUGCGAUGAUUCGCUUGUGCAAAUGAGGUUGAUUUUGGAUCAAUCUUUUCAGAGAGUCAAGAACGCGACUAGCCCUCAGUACCAGUCUUCAGUUGACUCAAUGUUAGGAUCAUCAUCGAAGAAGCGGAAGGUAGACCCACACGCCCCGCCACGAGACUCGCGUUCUAAGGUGGUGAUGUUGCACACGGAAGACCAGGUAAGGGAGGCACUUCAUCCGUACGUGUCUCUACAUAGGAACUUUCUACCCAGAGAGGAUGCGGACAAGGUGUUAGUGGCUUUAAUGAAUAACAAACACCGGUACAAUGCCCAACAAUUCUACCUUUUUGAUCAGGUCUGUAAAACAAAAUCUCGGCUGGCGUUCUACUACGUACCUGAGGAUUUUGUCAUCGAGACUGCUCGGUAUAAUGGUAUUAUUGGCGAGCUCAUUCCAUUUGAUGAAUCUUUGACAGCAGCGGCGAAGUUGAUGAACAAAUAUGUCAAUGAACGAGUGAUACCCCAUUACAAGAGACUUGAGUUCCAACAGCCCAAGUACUCCAUCUCUGGAUGCGUGGUGAACUAUUUUCCCCAACUAUCUGAUGACUUGGGAUGGCAUAGCGAUAGACUUCAGUCGAUGGGGCCUCAGAACUACAUCGGUUCCAUCUCCUUCGGAUCGACCAGAGAGUUCAGACUAAGGCGGCACUCAAAUCCAUCUGUGAUAUACUCAAUCCAUAUUCCUCAUAAUGGCAUGCUACUCAUGCACCCAGGGUGCCAGGAACUUUUCAAACACUGUGUCAACUCUAUCAAAGUGCCACUCCAGCUCCAUCCUAUUUGUGGUGUAGAAAGGUAUAGUGUAACGUUCAGAGACUACCCUGAAGAGUUCACAAAACAUGUGCCCAAAUGCAAGUGUGGUAUUCCUAUGGUGUUGAGAAGAUCCUUCAAGACUGCGGCUGACAAGAACUUUGGCAAAUAUUAUUGGUCAUGUGAGAACACGUACCAGAACAAAGACUGUAAGGAGUUCCAUUGGGCAGACUUUACUAACCACAAAAACAAGAUGAGAAGCCAGAAUGAUGCUUCGGUUUCGCAAUGGAAAGCUACUUAGUACUCAAAAUAUAUAAUUUAUGGCUUAG